UUUACCAUAGGUGGCCGGCGUCAUGAGGAGAUGAUUUAGGCAAUACAAACAAUUUUGACAAAAAAUGACUUAGGCUAUUAUUUUAGCAGUGUGACGAUAUACGUAAAUGAUCUGAACUCUUACAGCUGCAAUUCCGGAAGUGUUCGUCAAUAGAGGUUUUAUUUUGAAACCUCUAACCGGAAGCCUUGUAUGUCGGAGUGGACCGGUGACUUGACGCCGGUGUCCCAGCCAGAGUAACGGUGGCUCUCUUCCGAUCCCUCAAUUGUCUCGGUUUGUUGACGUUUGCCGGAGUCCAGCCGCCGCUGGUAACGGGGCUCUGUGUGAGUCGAGUGAGAGUCAGUGGAGCUAGCCGGCUAGCUAGCUUAAAUGGGUUUUCGAGUUAAAAGAUGAUCGCCUCACUUUCUAGAGGAAGUUUGCUGGAUGAGGUUCUUCAUGGGGGCUUCAAUGAGCAGCAGCUGGCAGCCUAUGUUUCCUGGGUGAACUCUCAGCUGAAGAGGAAACCAGGCCUGAAGCCUAUCACUAACCUCAGGCAUGAUCUGCAGGAUGGUGUGGUGCUCACACAGCUCAUAGAGAUAGUUGCUGGGGAGGUGCUGGAAGGAGUUUAUGUUGCCCCACAAAACAAAGAGGAAAGCAGGAAGAAUGUGGAGCAAGUCUUGCAGUUCAUUUCCUCCAGACACAUACGCAUGCCACACAUAUCCGCAAGAGAGAUUGUUGAUGGUAACCUGAAAUCUCUAAUGAGAAUAAUUCUGGCGCUGGCUGCACACUUCAAACCCUCAGCCAAUCACAGGGCUGCUUCUGGAAGUGGGAGGAGUUUAAGGGGUUCUGCCAGCCACAACCCUCUCUCCACUGUUGCACUUGCACAAGGUGCAGCUGCUGCAUUGGCAUCAGCACGACUUGAUGCCUCACAGCCUGCACGUGCCAUUCGUAUCCACAGUGGCUGGGGGUUGGAUUCGGACAAGAGUGUGUGUGUCCGUGCACUGGUUCAGCAGUAUGAAAAAGGAGCUCACGAUGACCUGGAUAGUCCUCAGUCCAACAGCCUCAGCUCCGUCAGUCCACUGUCCUCUCCAAGAGCUCCACCAAGCUGCCACUCAGACAGACAGCAGGAGGAGCGCCAACAACAGGAAGGCGGAGAUGAGUCAUGUCACGUUGUAGAAGAGACGGCGUUGGACGAUUCCCUUAGUGAAACCCUGGAGAAGGAGGUGCAGGAGACACGUAAAAUGGUGUCUGCUUUGCAGGCCCUGCUGCUGCACGGUGCGCUGCCUGAGGAUGAGCAGGAUGUGACUUUGAGUUUGGACCAAGGCAAUGCUGAACAGCAACUGGUAGUCAUUCGCACUCGUUUGGAUCAGAGCAUGGAGGAGGCUCAGGAGCUGAAGAGGGAACUGUUGCGCUGUAAGCAGGAGAUGAGAAACCUGCAGGGAGUCAAGGACGCCCAGCAGCAGAGGCUGUGCACUCAGGAGGCAUCAAUACUGCAGAUGAAGCAAGAGGUUCUGAGAGCCAGCAUGACGAAAGAUGAACUCAACAACCAGAAUGCUGAGCUGCAGUGGAAGCUGGACGAAUGUAACCGGCUGUGGGGCGAAUGCAAGAAGGAGAUAGGACAGAAGGACAGACUACUGCAUCAACUCAAACACAAGCUUGAAGAAAGUAAAAAAAAGCAGAGCGAAUUGCAAAGAGAGAUGGAGCAUAAAAACAGCAUGCAGAUUCCCACCGGCACAGAAAACAAUGGAUACUCCUACUCUGGAAAUCCAUCUCCCUCUAUGUCCGAUCAGGCAGAGGAGGUUCAGCUGCUCAGAGAUUCACUUAGGAGUUUGAGGAACAACUUCAGAGACCAUGACCCACAGCACCAUACACUGGACACCCUGGAGCAGGGCAUAGUAUCACUCAUCGAUAGACUACAUGUUCUGCAUUCACACAGGGGAAGGGGGAAAUCUCCAAGACGGAAAGGCCAGCACACAGACACUGACUCCUGGCCUUGCACAAAGGUCUGUCAGUCCCACACUGGUCCUUCUGCCUCCACGAAAAUCCUUUAUUUUACUGGAAAAUCCCCAACACCUUCCAUGAUCAAUAUACCGAAGAGAUUGGGAGAGGUCACUCUAAAGGAUGUUAAAGCAGCUGUGGAUCGAGAGGGAAACUACCGGUACCACUUCAAGGCCCUGGAUCCUGAGUUUGGCACUGUGAAAGAAGAGGUAUUUCUUGAUGCUGCAAUCAUUCCAGGCUGGGAAGGAAAAAUAGUGGCCUGGGUCGAAGAAGACCACGGUGAAGAAAGACCAUUGUAGGUGCAAGCUGAGGAGCCAUGACACACCGAGACAACUGUUUAACAGAUUCACAUGUGGAUACCUUUGAGAUUUUAAGUAUUGGCAAAAUACUGUCAAACUUGUUAUCAAGAGAUUUGGGCUGAUCAGCUAAAACAGACUCAUCUGGAGACAGUGUAAAUCUGUAACUGAUGUGUAGAAUAUGGUAAAACUCAGUGCCUUACAAAGCUGUCUCCAUCAUAUACUUAUACUGUAUUAUCCAGUUUUGAUAAUAUGGACUCAAAAUGAGAUAAAAGGAUUAUUUGACUGUUUCUAAAACCACACUUUUUAGAACUGUUGUUUCUCCUGAAACCAGAGGUUAGUGCUGCAGUGAGGAACUGUGAAAAAAAAGUAAUUUUUAAGUCUUCAGUAUCACUUUUCAUUCCCUCUGCAGCAAUGAAGUAUUUGAAACAAUUACGACCAGAUUACAUGUAAGAAAUAUGUAUUGUUCAUUAUUCUAUAGGCAGGUACAUUUCAGUCUUAAUUGUGAAUGUAAAGUGGAUAUACAGUAUUAUUUACCAUAGGGUGAAAUAGGAAAAACAUUUUCUAGUUGAAAAAAAUACCACUUUUAUAAUAGAAAUGUUACUAGGAUCAGAAACUUUGUUCAAUUUUUUUUUUUUUUUUUGUGCUGCACAAGGUUUGUUGACAUUCAGACCUUUUGCUGACAAAUACACUGCCUAGCUUCUAUCACUGUUACUGUGUUUUGUAUAAAUUACAUAUAAUAGAUCACACAAAAAGAAGGAGGUGACGUCACCUGGAGAUGUCCAAACAGGACAAUUUUAUUGCAGAAAAUACAAAAAAAAACCACCACCUGAAUUUAUAUCAGACUCAUCAGUUUUACUAAAUAGGACCUAAAUCCAGAUGUGGGUUUGAAUGUCAGUCUGUAGCUCACCAUGCAUUGCAAACUGAAAUACUCCAACUGAACUGCUGUCAGUUAAUUAGAAAUGAUGCUGGAAUUUUCAUGUUCAUGUAGAAAUGCAGAUGAACAGCACUCUUGUUUUGUUUACUUUAUGAAUAUGUUUUGUAUAUUGUGUAAAAAAAAUGUCACUAUAUCCUUGAACUCUUAUUUGUUUAAAGAGAGAUUCCUGUGAAGAGAGAAUGUUUGUGCUCCUGUUAAAAAGAUGCCGUGGAUGUGAAUUUGAUAUCAUUGAUGAGAUUUACAGGACACUUUUGUCCUGAAACAAUAGACCAUCCCACUAUUUAUGGUUUGUGUGUGUGCACGUGUGAGUGAGAGAGAGAGAUCAGGAUGGACCUUUUAAUGUUUUUUAUUCACUCUGCUUCUAUCUUCCCAUUUGGGAUCAAUGCAUUUGCCUUCACUAACAAGCCAACUGAAAUAUGCAUCAGUCUGUUUUAAAAUAAGACCUGUUUGAUUGCCAUAACUGCCUGUACUGUAAAACGUAUAAUUUGCUGGUGAGAUGGUUAGUUAGCAUUUUUGUUUACAGAAAUAUUUGAAAAAAAUAUGGAUAUGGCCUGUUUAAAAAAAAAUAAAAAUGUCCUUUGUGGAAUGUUAGAAAAGACAGAUAUUUGGAAAUAAAAGCUGAGUUUUGUUUUUAAAAAGA